AUGAAGACUCUGAAGUCUAUACUUCUUCUGUUGCUGUUUGUGCCUCUGAUAAAGCCAGCACCACCAACUCAGCAAGACUUACGCACUAUCAGUGAUUAUGGAACAGAUAAUUUUGAAGAAACCCUAUAUAGCCAUGAUUACGAGGAUAAAUACCUGGAUGGAAAAAAUAUUAAGGAAAGAGAACUUAAUGAGAAAACUCUUCAAUUACAAAAAGAUGAGAGUGUAACCUUACUCCCCAAGAAAGAAAAUGAAGAAAUGCCCACGUGCCUGCUAUGUGUUUGUUUACUUGGCUCUGUAUACUGUGAAGAAGUUGAUAUUGACGUUGUACCACCCUUGCCAAAGGAAUCAUCCUACCUUUAUGCACGAUUCAACAGAAUUACAAAGUUGACUGCCAAAGAUUUUGCAGACAUACCAAACUUAAGAAGACUUGAUUUUACGGGAAAUUUGAUCAAAGAUAUAGAAGACAGUACCUUUUCAAAACUUUCUCUGUUAGAAGAGCUUUCACUUGCUGACAAUCAACUAAUGAAACUUCCAGUUCUUCCUUCCACUCUUACUUUAUUUAAUGCAAAAGACAACAAAAUCAAGAGUAGAGGAAUCAAAGCAAACACAUUCAAAAAACUGAGUAACCUCACUUACCUCUACUUGGACCACAAUGAACUGGAAUCUGUGCCUCUCAAUUUACCAGAAAGUCUACGUGUCAUACAUCUUCAGUUUAACAACAUAACUUCAAUUACGGAUGAUACAUUCUGCAAGGCUAACGACACACGUUAUAUUCGGGAUCGUGUUGAGGAAAUACGUCUGGAGGGUAAUCCAAUCAUCUUGGGAGCGUAUCCAAACAGUUUUAUCUGUUUAAAGAGAUUGCCUAUAGGAGCAUACAUUUAA